GUCGCUUUACUAUGUAUUGCUCCUCACGAUGAGAUCUAUGGCUUGAUGGCGAGCGCCUUGAUGCAACGCAGGGCCCUUCGAAUGAAUCAACCGCUCCUAGGGCUCACGUUCUCGCCUGGCCAAUGGACCAUCAACGCAUUAUAUGGCUGGUUCACCCCUGCUCUUGAUCAUGAUUGUGUGCAGCUCAAAGUUGCUCAUGCGCCUCUUGACUCUCGGCCCAACAGGCACCUUGGUGUCCUUGAUAUAUCUGAUAUGUCCUCCGCACGGCUACUCGCUUACGCUUUAUCAUCAAGUGCAGAAGAAUUUGUGUCUGGUCUCGUCGACGUGCAGGCACGUGUACUGUCUAUUCGACAAACUUUGAUGCACCCGCGGUACCCUACCUGGCGACUGGACCUCAUGCGAUGGCACGACACUGAUCCGGAGAACCUGCAAGGAGCGAGAGAAUCGAUACGGAAAUGGUCUGAACAGUGCAGUGGCAGAUCGAGCGUAUCACCUACUUGCCCCACGCCGCCAAUCGCACAUGUUAGCGAAGACGAGCGAUUGCUACUACGAGGACUUUCUCUUGAACACUUGGUUUGGCAACUGUCCCAGUGCGACGAGUAUCUGGUAGAGCAUUUACAACUUGCGCAGGAGAAUUCUGACUCGCAACGACGGGAAAGUAUGCGAUUACGAGCGCAUGAGAUCUUAGUCGAGAAUAAGGUCCAAUUCCGUGUAUGGCCUCUCCACAGUGUACCCCAAGACCCUCAAGUCACGCGAAUGUUUCAUGGAAUACUUGAUGAUCUUGUCUGGCCUUCCGUCGCAUAUGGAUCAUCUGACGAGAAUAGGACUUUGGAACUGACCACUCGAGAGAAGCACAUUUUGGCUCAAUUCGAGCAAGAAAUGGAUUACGAGCGUUCCAUGAGAGCUACGCUCAGUCUCCCGGGUCUGAUUCAUCCUUACGGCCACUUCUGCUCGUCUAUCACCCGUCUAGUGCAUUGCGUUCAAAGUAUCUGCGAGAGAGCACGCCACGUGAACGACGUGUCUUGCGCAAGAGCACCCUGGCUAUCGCUUGUUCUUGCGCUGUGCGGUGACGAGCAGUCGACCGCCCCUGAUGUAUGGCAUAUACGCUCGUGCCCCGGCAUUCCGCUCGCUCGCGACGUGUAUCUCGACAGCGCUGCAACGGCCGACUUCCCGGAUAGGGAGGACAUUGCAGAUGCGCACGCAGACAUCGCCGCCGCGAGACGCACGGGCUGCAACUGGGCAACUAAGAAGGAGAAUCUGCUCCUUGGCUGCCCUCCCGACGCCUGGCUAGAAGACCACGCUGACAAAAUAUCGAAAGUGGUAUUGAGCACGUGUAUACGGCGCCAAAAGAAGACCUAUGCAUGGGGGGGCCGCGCCGGAAGGGAACAGUCAUGUCAUGUUCACGCCCGUGUUCUCAACGAUCCCCACCUCGGCGCAUGCGACACUAUCGCAUUCGUUUCGGUCGCUGGCGUUUUUGGCGUUCCUGCCACGGCGGACCCGUCCAUCUUGCAGAAGAUCGCCGAUUUUCGCAUCAUAGGGCCCCAGCUUCGUCCCCGCAAUCCCGGGCCCUGCCUCGAGGAAGAAGACGAGGAUGUAGAUGCCGAAGCGCGUCUGCCGCACAUCCUCGACGAGGUGAGGCGACGCCUGGGCAUAAAUCCAGAUCCAGGCAGCUCUGUGUCAAGCCCCUCGCCUUCGGCUGCCGAACUCUUCCCAUCGUCGACAACGCGCAGUCUGCAUGACCCUCACGAUGCUUCUGUCGACCCCUCAAAGGAGAUCUGUCUAUCAAAUAUACAUGAUACACUCGAACUACCCAUCAUCUCGUUCGACGACCGAGCAUUUCACGGCUCUCUCACCCGGGCGUACGACUGCGCUCGAUUGCGCCUGCAGUCAAUGACCAGGUUCUAUGCUAUCAUCGGUAUAUAUGACCUUCCUGUAUUCGCUCUCGUUUCCUCGGGCCGCACCGGCAUCUUACUUUGUGCAUGGGGUUCUAAGCCUUCGGAGACUACGGAGCACACCGAUGUGAUAACCAACAUCGCGGACACCAAUUGUCCGCGAUGGGACAUUGGCGAUCCCUCUCAGGCUUUACGCUUCCAUGCCUUCAUCUCGCGGUUACGCGAGGUCCAUACACCAAAGGUCCUUGAGGCGUUCGAAGGACGCAGACAAGAAUUCGUUCAAGCAUGGAAGGCCGACCCCGACGCACCGCGAUUCCGAUGGACAAUGAAGCACCAGCAGGAGGAGCCGAUUGUGCAAGCGUUGCCCGCUCGGCUGGAAGCAGAACAGGAAGAGCUGCUUGAAUGGCAGGAGAGGGUCGAUUUGAUUGAGGCGCUCAUCGCCGAACGCGUGCACCUCGGCGAGGAGGCCGCUCCUACGCGCCCCGCUCCUGACUGGACGAUCCCUAAGCCAGAAGCGGUCGAUCCGUACGAUCUGUCUGAUCUAGUGUAAUUGUCGUACUUAUAAGUACAGAUGCAAUACGGACACAAGCUUCGUUCCCGAUGUUUGGAUCCCUGCCAUGAAGGCGGGGCCGUAGAACGUCCACUCCAAGCCCGGCCCACCAUGUAAGGUGUUUUACAAGUACCUGCCUUCUUCGAGGCACUCUCAGCUCAAGAAACAAACUU